GAUGGGCACGCCGGAGACCUCGCGGGAGCCGUGCCCGGACCGCAUCCUGGACGACGUGGGCGGCGCCUUCGGGAUGGGCGCGGUGGGCGGCUCCGUCUUCCACUUCCUCAAGGGCACCUACAACUCCCCCAACGGCGAGCGCCUCCUCGGCGGCGCCCAGGCCGUGCGCAUGAACGCGCCGCGCGUCGGCGGGAGCUUCGCCGUCUGGGGCGGCCUCUUCUCCGCCUUCGACUGCACCAUGGUCUUCGCGCGCCAGAAGGAGGACCCCUGGAACUCCAUCAUCGCCGGCGCCGCCACCGGCGGCUUCCUCUCCAUGCGCCAGGGCGCCGCCGCCGCCGGCCGCUCCGCGCUCAUGGGCGGCUGCCUCCUCGCGCUCAUCGAGGGCGCCGGACUCAUGCUCAACCGCGUCCUCGCCGUGCCCCCGCCGCUCCCCGCCGACGACCCCGCCGCCGCCAUCGGCGGGUUCCAAGGCUUCCCGGGCCUGCCCCAGCCUGCCGUCAUCGCCCCCGAGGUCGGGACCUCCAGCAGCGACGGCGGUAGCUGGUUCGGGAGCCUCUUCGGGGGCAAGAAGGAGGAGGACAAGAAGCCCAGUGCCAGUGGUGGCAAGUCGGAGAUGCUGGAGAGCUUCGACACGCCCAGCCCUCCGAUCCCAUCCUUCGACUACAAGUGAAUUAAAAAGGUAGUUGAUGGCACUGAUGCCCAGUGUGGCUCGAUCUGGAAGUAGUAGUCUUGAACUGGGGAUGCGAUAUCUUGAAGAAGAGAUGGAAUACAUUUUUGAGGGGAACCGAAGUGUGUGUCGCUCCACUUUCAGUACUAUUAUCUAUGGAUCGAACCUGUUGGGAAAAUGUUUUGGUCGCUGGCUCUUAUGUAUUAUUUAGUUAAUGUACGUGUGCUUUUAAAACAUGGCAGGUCUACAACCCUGCAUCCUAUUGUUCCCCUAGUAGUGACAGUAAUAAUACAUAUACCAUCAUGUUGUGCAAAUGUACUGCACUUAAAAAGCCUUAGAAUAUCCCCCAUCUGGCGUCUGGUGUGACCUUCAGUGUGAGGCGGUUGCAUUGCAUUCUGUUAUCUCAUAGUUCUUCUGCUUGGUCUUGGA